UGAUAAAUAAUAACGAAAAUGAAAUUAUAAUAUAUUGUUUGGGAGCAGCGAUUCAACGUGGCGUCAUUUUGGCACUUCGAUUGUGCGAAAAGCAUGCGGCUUUCGAAAUCGAUGCUAAUACGUUUACUUCCGAAUUAACAGAUGAUUUAGAACCAGCCGUGGAUGAGGAAGACUACGAUCUACAAAAACGAUUCAAUUCGGCUCUGAGAAUAAAAGUUUUUCGUACAAAUACACUAGAAUGUUCUUCACAAUCGAUGAACUCGUGAGAUGGUUGGGUCUGACGAUCUUUGAAAUAUGGAUCAACCUAAUUUCCCUUUUAGCAUUUACUUUAAUACUUGCAUUUAAGUUUAACCCUGACGUGGAGAUUUACAGUAACAAUUGGUGGCUGAUUUUUUUUCCAUUGUUCCUCGGAGAUGCCCUGAACGCAUAUUACUGCAUUAUUAUUUUUAUUCGUAUGCUGAUGGCGGCCACCCUAAAGUUCUCCACGCUGAGGCUGAUGUGGUCGACCACAUUUUUAACUUUGACCUUUAUGUUUAAGUUUUUAUUGUGCAAAAAGUUACUCGCCCAACUAUCUUUGGAUUACUCGGAAGUAUUUGCGCCUGUAUACAUAUUGCUGCAGCUGAUUGCAGUCAGAGCUUGUCAACAGAGUUAAUCUUGUGCAGCAUAGUUGUGUAAAAUAAAACUUUAUUCUGAAUAAAAUAUGUUGUAUUUUG